CUGCAGAAGUGGUUGAACCCCAAAUGCAAUGGAAGAUUGCCACGUGGUUCAAUGGGCUUGCCAAUCAUUGGAGAGACGAUCCAGUUCUUCUCCCCUCACUCUUUCUACGGCAUCCCUCCUUUCAUUAGCAAGAGAAUGACCAAAUACGGGUCGGUGUUUAAAACUAGCUUGGUUGGGAAUCUGGUGGUUGUAUCUGGAGAUUCAGAGCUUAAUCAGUAUAUCUUUAAAGAAGAAGGGAAGUCAGUCUACUGCUCUUACACGGAAAGUGCUCUCAAGAUUAUGGGAGAACAAAGCUUAUUAGCGUACCAUGGGGUCUUUCACAAGUACCUUAAAAACUUGACACUGUCCAUGAUUGGCCCGGAAAGCCUCAAGGAAGUAUUACUGCAUGAAAUGGACGCUGUAACUCGCAAAUAUCUACAUUCAUGUAGUAGCUACGCCAGUUUUGAUGUGAAAGAAGAAUCUGCAAACAUGGUGUUCGAGUAUUUUGCUAAGAAAUUGUUUGGCUACGAGGAAGCUAAGGCAUCGAAGAAACUUAGAGAGAGCUACAAAGCUUUUCUUGAUGGCCUUAUAUCAUUUCCACUAAACAUCCCGGGAACUGCAUUCCAUGCAUGUUUGAAGGGACGUGAAAAUGCUAUAAAGGUGAUUAAUAAUGUGAUCAAUGAGAGAAAAUCAUCACAGAAGCUAUGCCAUGAUUUUCUGGAUUUUUUACUAGAGGAAGCAAAGAGCAAAGAUACAAUUCUAAAUGAAGCAAUUAUCGUAGACCUAGUCUUUCUGCUUCUCUUUGCUAGUUAUGAGACUACUUCUGAAGCCAUUACAUUAGUCAUGAAGUUUCUCAGUGAUCAUCCCUCAGUUGUUGUAGAAUUAACGAAAGAGCACGAGGAAAUUCUAAAAAAUCGAAAAAAUGAGGAAUUGGGAAUUACAUGGGCAGAAUACAAAUCCAUGACUUUUACACAUCUGGUUAUAAAUGAAACUCUUAGGUUGGGAAACAUCGUCCCCGGAAUUUUUAGAGGAGUAACAAAAGAUAUUGAGAUGAAGGGAACUACAAUUCCAGCAGGAUCCACAGUGAUGGUGUGUCCAUCAGCGGUUCAUUUGAAUCCUGCUAAGUACAAUGACCCACUUGCUUUUGAUCCAUGGCGAUGGGAGGGGCAAGAAUUACAUGCUGGGUCUAAGAAUUUCGUAGCUUUCGGUGGGGGUUCGAGGCUUUGUGCUGGAGCUCACUUCGCCAAGGUUCAAGUCGCUGUUUUCCUCCAUUAUUUGGUCACCAAAUACAGGUGGAAAAAAAUUCGUGGAGGGGAGAUCAUUCGAAAGCCUGGUUUGGUGUUUCCAGAUGGGCUUCACAUCCAAAUCUCAGCAAAAUAUAAGUGAUCAAUACAAGCAUUUCGUCCUCAAAGAAGCAAUAGACUUAUGAAUAAUGGGGAUUAGUAUCAAUGAUCGUUUAAUUAUUAGACAGUUUGUUUCGUGUUUUAUAUUUUUAUUGUAAACGAAGUUUUAUCAUCAUAAUUUAUAUGUAAUAU